AUGCAUUUGCAUCUACUUGAUGACCCUGUAGUAUGGCUAGGCGGGGCCGUUACAGAUGCCCAUACCGGACCAGGCCAACCGAGUUAUCCGAGGACGCAGCCAGCGCUUGCGAAUUCCGGCUUCGUAGACUCAAUCGGUGCCACGUUGGACGGAAGUACACUCGGGACAGAUGUUGCAGAUUUCCAGCAAGCCCGCCAGAUGAUGAACCCUCAGUAUGUUGGAUGUACGCCCGAGGACCCCUGCCGCGCUAUGAAUACCUGGAAUCAGAACGCCGGUGCGACCAACAGCUCAGUCGCUGUUGAAGGGAUUCACAGUCAUGAAAACGACAGCAUCUAUGAGCACGUGGACUACGACAUGGACCUAUCACAAGGAACUGGACUGACGGCAGGCACUGUUCUGCCAGGCCCCAUCCUUAGAGGAAGACUUUCGGACCAACAGAACCAACCAGCGCAGCUAGCUUACUCGACCAACAACGAUAUUACAGCCAACAUCUCCUUCCGAGUGGAGACCAAGAGGGUCUAUAUCUGUACUUAUAUCGGCUGCAACAAGAAGUACUCACGCAUGCCGGACCUCCGACGCCAUUACCGAGGAUCCCAUCUGGACGACCGCCGAUUCAGAUGCCGAGCUCUGGGCUGUGAACGUGCAAUCCACGGCUUUCCGCGGAGGGACAAGAGAGAUGUGCAUGAGAAGAAGAUGCACAUUGACAUUGGAGAUGGCAUCCUGUUAUGA